AAUACUCAUGAAAUUAAAGUUAAUCAUGUCUUCAUUCAAAUCAUACGGCAAAGUUGAUGAACAUGACCAAAUGCUACACCAAACCCAAAUAAAAACCCGAAAGAGAAUCAUAAUCAUAACCCUCUCCUCAAUAAUCCUCGUUGCUGUUGUCCUUGCUGCUGUUUUUGGAAUUCUCAAUAAUUCUCGUGAUCAUAACUCUCAACAAGAUGGUGGUUCAGUGCUCGCCACGUCGGUGAAGGCGAUUUGCGACGUGACAUUGUACAAGGAAUCAUGUUACAGUAGCCUGAGCUCUGUUGUGAACUCAUCAGCAGGGGAGGUUAAGCCAGAGGAGCUAUUAAGGUUGUCCAUUAAGGUGGCCUUAGAAGAAGUGUCAAAUGUUGUUAGUAGCUAUUUCUCUUCUGAUAGUGGGGGGCAUAAUGGACAUUUCCAAGGCUUGAAUAAUGAUGGUAGGGCAAAGGAGGCUUUAGACAAUUGUAAAGAGCUUUUGGAUCUUGGAGUUGAUCAUCUUAAUAACUCUUUGUCUUCUGUGGAUUCCUCUUCCCUUUUUGAAAUCUUUGAUGAUCUUCAAACAUGGUUAAGUGCUGCAGGUACAUACCAACAAACUUGCAUUGAAGGGUUUGAUGAGGAAAAAGAAUCACUAAAAUUGAAUGCAACAAACUACCUUAAAAACUCAACAGAGUUCACCAGUAACAGCCUGGCCAUCAUCACAUGGAUGAAGAAGGCGGCCGCAAUGACCGUGAGCCGGCGGCGACGCCUGCUAAGUUCAUCAUUUCCAGAAUGGGUUAGUUCCAAGGACAGGAAGUUACUUGGAAGCAAAGAAAAGAGUAAUAUUGUUGUGGCCAAAGAUGGGAGUGGGAAAUACAAGACAAUAUCCGAGGCAUUGAAACAUGUUCCAGAGAAGAGUAGUAAGAGGACAGUGAUUUAUGUGAAGAGAGGAGUUUACUAUGAGAAUGUUAGAGUUGAGAAGAACAAAUGGAAUGUGAUGAUGAUUGGUGAUGGCAUGAAUGCUACUAUUGUUUCUGCUAGCCUUAACUUUGUUGAUGGCACACCAACCUUUUCAUCUGCUACUUUUGCUGUGUUUGGGAAGAAUUUCAUAGCAAGAGACAUGGGAUUUAGAAACACAGCUGGUCCACAGAAGCAUCAAGCAGUGGCACUAAUGACAACUGGGGAUGAAGCUGUUUAUUACAGAUGCCAAUUUGAUGCAUUUCAAGACACACUCUAUGCUCAUUCCAAUCGCCAAUUUUACAGAGAAUGCAACAUUUUUGGUACAGUUGAUUUCAUCUUUGGCAACUCUGCUGUUGUCAUUCAAAAUUGUAACAUUUUCCCAAAGUUACCAAUUCCUGGCCAGCAGAACACUAUCACUGCACAAGGCAAAACUGAUCCCAACAUGAACACAGGUAUCUCAAUACAAAAUUGCAAGAUUUCAGGCUUUGGGAACUUGAGUUCUAUCCAAACAUAUUUGGGAAGGCCAUGGAAGGAUUACUCAACAACAGUGUUCAUUAGAUCCAGAAUGGAAGCUUUAAUUAACCCAAAUGGAUGGUUACCUUGGGUAGGAAACUCAGCACCAGACACCAUCUAUUAUGCUGAAUUUCAGAACUAUGGACCAGGGGCUUCUACAGCAAAUAGAGUAAAGUGGAAGGGCUUGAGAGCUAUUUCUUCUAAACAAGCUACCAAGUUUACAGUCAAGACUUUUCUUGGUGGCCAAAGAUGGAUUCCUGCAUCUUCUGCUCCUUUUCAGUCUGAUCUGUGA